AUGUGCAAGCUUACAGCCAGGGUACAGCUACGGUACCGCUCAAGUGGCGACGACGACACGUUCGCGCGACUCGGCCCGCUGAUGGACGAGCUGGCGUGGCGCCGCGCAGCCGCUUCUACUGGGCUCUUCGACGGCCGGGCGCGGCCGCAGCGCUCCGGCAAGUGGGCGGAGCCCGCCUGGGAUCUGUGCGACACCUACCUGCCGUACGCACUCGGCGGCGGCUACGUCAUCUCCAGCGACCUGGUGGCGCACCUGGCGGCCAGCGCGCCGCUGCUUCGCCGCUUCGGUAGCGAGGACGUGUCGAUGGGCGCGUGGCUGGCGCCGCUGGACGUAACGCGCCGCCAUGAGCCGCGCUUCGACACCGAGUACAUGUCGCGCGGCUGCGACAACCGCUACCUGGUGAUGCACAAGCAGAGCGCCGCGCAAAUGGCCGAGAAGCAGCGGACGCUCGAGAGCCGUGGCGUGCUGUGCGAGCGAGAGCACCGCACGCGCAGCUCCUACAUUUACAACUGGACCGUGCCGGCCUCACACUGCUGCAAACGUACUGACGACCGGACCGUACCCUGAGGCACCGUGCUUAUCACGGAGUCGCGGGCUCGAUUCUCGCGCUGGGAAAAUUUCCAUGAGGUGCGGGGACGAAAGAGGCAUGUGUAUUGAAUGCAGGGCGCGCGUUUCACGGCGAAGGGACAGGACCCUGUCCUGUGACCGCCAGUGCCGUGGCCCUUGGCAUGGGUUGUGCGCCGAGCCCAUCUCGCGCCAGGCUUGGUCAGAAUGGUCGGGUAUUGUGUAGUCUGCAGUCUUUCGGGAUCCAGGUGGGAUGUGACUCGCUGCCCGCGCCGCCACGUGAUUCGAACGUCAAGUAGUAUAAACGCUUAUGAUUCUGAAGAGGAGGCAAGGUAGUUUGAUAAGUCAUAUUUUUAUCCCUUUGAAGAUGGUGGCAUUUCAUGUGAUAUUUUAUUAUGCGGUCGGUGCCGACUUGGUCAUUUUUAGUACCCGCCCGGAAACGUUAGCUGCUCCAGCGCCCGAGCGCAGUGGAUGUUUUCCUUGGGAUGUUGUGCCGUGAUUUCAGUGUGAGCCCCUUUACUUAGCAUCUAUAAAUAGUGUUCACUUUUUGUGAAUAUCCAUACAAACAGCAUCAAUUACAUCACGUUCAUUGAAUGCCAGUCAUGUCAGGUGUUUGCGUUUGUAAACUGUCUGUCAAAUCAUGUCAAGUGUUUGUAAAUCAUUCUGGUGUAGGUGCUUGCAUAUUACUGCUAGCACUAGCCGUUACAUUUUUCAGACGAUGAUCCAAACUACCGUGAUUGGAAACCAGUGUGUGGGAAUUAGGAGGGGGCGGGGGGGGGGGGCGGGGGCUGACUCCCUCCAACUUCCUGAUUUUGAUACCGCCCCCAUGGAGGUUGUUUGGAAAAAUGUCCAAGUGUGAUUCCCCCUCCCCCCCCCACCGUUUAUUUGGAAGAAAUUGCAUUGUCCCUGUAGGUGAUACGCUGUCAUCCAGCUACUGAACGGCCCUGUCCGUGACCUAGCACGUGUAUUACUGUAUCUGAUGUUGGUGUAUAGACUGAAGUGAAACAUUUCUGUGUCGCACUUUCGAAAAGUUGUGUUUUCUUGUAAACAAACUUUGGGACAUUUCCUUCCAAAAGGAUUUUCCUUUCCGCAAGUUGUCUCGGUGGAAAUGACAAUACAUUGUAGGUACUAAGCAACAAG